GUGCGCGCCUUCCGGCCCCUCCCUAUGCGCUGCCGGCGGCGAGACCGGCUGGCGUCCCCCUCGCGCGGAGCCGGGCCGGCUCCUCGGGUUCCGCGCGCCGCGAUGAAGUGUCACUACGAGGUGCUGGGGCUGGCGCGCGACGCCUCUGACGAGGAGCUGAAGCGGGCGUACCGGAGACUGGCGCUGCGCUGGCACCCAGACAAAAAUCUAGAAAAUGCUGAUGAAGCAGCAGAACAGUUCAAAUUAAUCCAAGCAGCAUAUGAUGUACUGAGUGAUCCUCAAGAAAGAGCUUGGUAUGAUAACCACAGGGAAGCUCUGCUGAAAGGAGGGGUUGAUGGAGAGUAUCAAGAUGAUAGUUUGGAUCUGCUGCGCUACUUCACUGUUAACUGUUACUCUGGAUAUGGUGAUGAUGAAGAGGGGUUCUUUGCAGUCUAUCGUCAAGUUUUUGAAAAUAUUGCAAAGGAAGAGAUGGAAUAUAUAUCUCAGGAAGAUAUUGAAGAAUUCCCUACUUUUGGAUACUCUCAGAGUGAUUAUGAUAAGGUAGUCCAUCCUUUUUAUGCUUACUGGCAGAGUUUCUGUACUCAAAAGAACUUUGCUUGGAAAGAGGAGUAUGACACACGGCAGGCAUCAAACCGUUGGGAGAAACGAGCUAUGGAGAAAGAGAACAAGAAAACUAGAGACAAAGCAAGAAAGGAGAGGAAUGAACUGGUUCGUCAGCUAGUGGCUUUUAUUCGUAAAAGAGAUAAGAGAGUACAGGCACACAGAAAACUCAUAGAAGAACAGAAUGCAGAAAAAGCUAGGAAAGCAGAGGAGCUCCGGAGACAGCAAAAACUCAAACAAGCUAAGCUUGGUGAGCAAUAUAAAGAGCAGAGCUGGAUAGCUAUGUCUGAUCUAGAGAGAGAAUUGCAGCAGAUGGAAGCACAGUAUGAAAAGGAAUUUGGAGAUGGAUCUGAUGAGGAGGAGGAAAGAGAGGAACAGGAGCCAAGAGAAGGAAUAGAUGAUAAACUGAGUGAUGAAGCUGAAGGCAUUGAAUUUUAUGACGACUUGUACUGCCCUGCUUGUGACAAAUCCUUAAAGACCGAGAAAGCAAUGAAGAACCAUGAAAAGUCAAAGAAGCACCGAGAGAUGGUAGCGCUGUUACGGCAACAGCUGGAGGUGGAGGAGGAGGAAUUUUCUGUAUCUACAGAUGACAAAAAUGAAGUGAAUACCAGAGAAGAUGAAGAAAUGGAAGAAACACCCAAACAGAAACUCUCCAAGAAGAAGAAAAAGAAACAUAAAACAAUGACGACGUAUGAAGACUCUUUCAACAACAAAACUACAGAUGACGCUACAGUUGAACAAAAAGAAGCUGACAGUGCAGACCGGGAGGACAGCAUAACAGAAGAAUUGGAAAAUGUUGGCCAAAGAAAUACUGCUUCUGAAAAAACAAGUGCUGCAGAAACUGUAGAUGAAGUUAAUGAACCAAAAAGUGAAGCAAAAAGUACCAGCUUCUGGCAGUCAGCGGCUUAGGGAUACCCAGGGUAGCUACAAGGACAUACGGAGCCGGGUAGGGAGCCUGCCAGCCCUGCCAACCCUCCCCAGCACCACCAGGGGUCCUGGGCUAUGCGCCACUACCUGCUUUCUCCCUGUCAGCAUCAAUGGGGGUCCUGGGCUGCUGCCCACCCAGCACCUCCCACCCAGCACCUCCCACCCAGCACCUCUGAGGGUCCUUGGGCCACCCCCCCAGCAUCUGCAACACUCCCGGGCCACCCCCCCAGCACCUGCAACUCCCUGGGACCACUCGCCCCAGAGCACCGCCAGCCCAAGUUUUAGUCAGGGGUAUAUAGUACAAGUCCUCAGCAGGUCACGGACCGUGAAUUUUUGUUUACUGCCUGUGACCUGUCCAUGACUUUUACUAAAAAUACCCAUGACUAAAAUAUAGCCUUAGUUAUUUACUAAGCAUUGUGGAAUCCUUACCUCCCUUACUCUCCAGCUUUAAGGAAGUGAAGUGAAUGAGACAACUGCUGCUUCACCUUCCUUACAUUUUCAGUACACAGCAAAGAUACGUAUAUUCACUUGUAUAGUGCUUCCUUUCCCAGUAAAUCUGUAAGGCCCUGUGCAUGCGCUUUUUUGUGAAAGCUCACAUUUGGCCCAAACCAAAACACAAAAAGGCAUGUCUCCUCUGCGCAGGCUACUUUCAGGUCUAAUGCCUAACUCCAGCUGUUUCAGUACUUUAACUGUUUAGAUUUCUUUUAAUGCUAACAGAUUUGUAAAGUUCAUUUUAUUUCCCCCACUUGUUCUCAAACAGUUGAACCUAUUUUGCUCAGACCUUUUGCCUAUGAAUACAAUAAAAUUCACUUUUGGACAAAUGCCAAGCCUGGAAUAUAUAUUUCAGUCCUACAGGCAAGUUUCAGAACAUUACAAUGGUCUGAAAUGGGUUAGAAUGGAGAACAGUGUGCACUUUUCACUUCCAUUAGAAGUGAAGGUGGGAGGGAACCCUCCAAGUAGUGAAUCACACACACAAGGUUAUUUAUUAAGCAGAAAUUAAUGGUGACCAAAAAACUGCCUUAAAUGCUAGUUUGUGCAAAAUAUUAAAAAAAAAUUAAAAAAAGUUUAAAUAUCAGCCCAUUUAGGUCCCAGUCCAGUACCAUGAGAUUUAAAAACCUUAGUAAUUUAAAACCAUCAGUCCUGCUGAAUGUGUUCAUAGAAAAACUUGGUUCAGUGUGAUGACAGGUAAUCUGAGAUCUUAAACACUCUUGUCUUUUCAGCAUCCCUAAGCCUAAAGGAAAGAGAACCAAGGAUACAAAAAAAUCUGUAAAGGUAACUUCAGAGCUUCAA